AUUCAAAAUACUUUAUUGGUGUUCAUCUUAUAAAAUUCUUGAUCAAGUCUGAUAAUAAUUUGUAAUAAUGACCAUGAUAUAGGUACCUUUAUUUUGAAAUAUUCUAGAUAAAUAUAGAGAUGCCGAUGCCAUUCAUAGAGAUCGUGUACCAGGCGGAGAUAAGCAGGUUCGAAGAUCCUGAUUUCGAAGAAUUCGCCCUAAGAAACUGUUGUGAAGAGUCAGAAACACGAACGAAGGUCAUUGAAGAAUUUCGAUCUAUGAUUAUUGAGUGCGCAAAGUGCAAACCACGGCGAACAGAUGACGUUUAUUUGCUUAAGUUUCUGCGCUGUCGCAAAUUCAAUACUAGGCGUGCACACAAACUGGUAAUAUUUUUUUCAUAUUUUCAUGUUAUGGCAUGUUUAUACAGAGUAUUUCAAAUGUGACGAUAUUGACUAUAUCCAAAAUUGGAAAAACGGACGCAGUUUUUGGGGAAAAACACCAACAAUAUAUUGAGUCUUUUGAAAAUCUUAUUUAUGCCAGAUAUUUAUAAAAAAAUAUUAUGACACGGCUGGCGUCAUAAUAUGUUGGUGUAUCAUUUUUUUAAAUUAAGAUAAACAAUUGCGGUAUUAUUUCUCUUCAGUUUUUUUUCUUUAUUACGACUUUUUGAAUUCGGUUUCAUUUUUUUUUAUUGCCUUCUUAAUAGUAUUUCAUUGUUUACCCGGACAAAUAUAUAAAUUUUAAGAGUAUUUAGUACAUUAUGCCUUGUCCAAGGCAAGGUCAAAGUAAAAUGGAUACAAUAUAAAAAAUAAGUAUUUUGAAUCUACCCUAGCUAGACAAAUAGAAGAUGGAGUCAGACUGCCUGAAACAGUAAAUAAAAAGAUCACAUACCAGGUUGUCCUAACAUUGAAGAAAGUUACAGAUGGAGCGUUACGAUGAGUUUCGACGGGAUAACGCGUAUUUAUAUGAUUGUGAUCCAUUCACUCUAGAUAAAGUAAAGCAUGUAUAUGGGGCAAUUAUUCCUGAGAGUCCGCAACAUGGACGAGUCGUGGUUAUGAAAUUUGGUUGCUGGGACACAGACGAUGUGUCGUUAACGGACAUAAUCCGCUGUGCCUUGUUCAUGCUGGAAGUGACAUUUCAGCAGCCAAAGAUGCAGGUGUUGGGAGUCACACUAAUUGUGGAUAUGGAAGGGAUCGCCAUAAAGCAUGUUCGUCAUCUUAACUCCAACGCAGCCUAUUUGAUAGCAGGCCUAUUCGGUGUAAGCAUAUUUCUUAACAAAAAAACUAUAUUUGCUGUUGAGAACAUUCG